AUGCUUGUUCUUUUUUUUAAGAUGAAAAGAAGAUCUAAUCAGAUCAAUAUUCAACAAUCGCAAAAUAUCAAUGAAAAGCAAGCAACAAGUAAAACUGCUGAAACAGAACAGUUGACAAUACCGGCAAAUUAUUCAAAUAAAGCGAAUACUACAUCCAAUAGUACCAGCAAAUCAUCUGACACCAAUUGUGGUGAUUUAUUGAGUAAUUCAGGAUUUCAGAAAUUGGUCGAGAAACUAAUUGAUGAAACAAUUAAAUUAAGUCAAUAUUUGGAGCCCAUACAAGCGUAUCGUAAAGUUCUUGACGAAGAAUUGAGCAAGCAAGCCAAAAAUCCGAAAUAUGGUUUAAAUGUACAACGUAUUCAAGAAGCAUCCAAUAAGCUGAAAGUAGAUGCAAAAGAUGCUCAAGAUUUUCUUUAUUCGGAGAAAAACAAAAUGUUCGAAUUUAGAAUUCAAAUUGAACUAGAAAAUAGAUAUCCAAAAGAAUUGGAAGAAUUUACUCACAUUUUCCAACGUCUAGCAACAGCUGAGAAGGAUGAUGUAUUUAAGGCUCUAUUAAAAAAUCUAAGUUAUAGACUUAAUAUCGAAUACAAUAAACUUGAAUUAUUUUUCGAUCUAACUAAUAAUAUGAAUAAAAAUACUCAAUCGGAGAAGCCCAAAUGGGAUUUAGAAGAAAAACUUGAAGAAAUAAUUAAAAAGCUACCAGAACCGAACAAAAGCAGCUACAAAAUCAACGGACAACAGGAAAGUUCAGAAUUAGUUCUUCCAAAGCUAGUUGAUCAAUUAUUAAAUGAAAUCGAAUUCGAUGAACCAGAUCGAAAAGAAGAUAAUCAACAUCAUCAAGAUCAAAAUUUAGCUAAUUUAAAAGCAAAUCUACAAAAUGAAUUUAAUAAAGUGAAAGAGUCAAUCAAAUUACUAAAUAUUAAGCUUAAAAAUUAUAGUCAAAAACAAAUAGUCAGUUAUGUGUUGAAAUGGUCUACUUCUGUAAAAGGUAAACUAAGUUCAAAUCAAAUAUAUGAAGCAAUAGCAAUUAUGAGCAAGGCAAAUGAGUUAGCUACUGGUGGUCAUGUUCUACGUGAUAUUCAAAUAUUAACCGUACUUAUAUUUCAUUUGAAAAUGCCAAACAAGGGUAGAUUAUGCCAAGUGAAUACAGGCGAAGGUAAUACAACUAUAAUUUCAAUUUUAGCUGCUUUAAAAGCUCUACAAGGAAGCAAAGUAGACGUAAUUACUAGUAAUGCUGUUUUGGCAGCAGAUGCCAUAAAUAAUAAACAAUUGUACUAUGAUCUAUUAUGUCUAAAUGUUGCUCACAAUAAUUUCGAUGAUGAUUAUCAAGGUGGAAAACGUGCAUGUUACAAUGCAGAUAUUGUUUAUGGUAAUAUUGGUAAUUUUCAAUUUGAUCAUUUGAGAGAUAGAUUUCUUGGCUAUGAAACACGCGGCUCACGAAUAUUUGAUGUAGUAAUUGUAGAUGAAGUAGAUAGUAUGAUAAUCGAUAAUGCAAGUCAUAUUGCCAAAUUAGCUGAACCAUAUCCUGGUAUGGAAUCACUUAGAUAUAUUUAUAUUAAAAUAUGGCAAGAAUUAAUCAAUUCAGAAGAGAAGAUAACAAGUGAAUUUAAAAAAAAAUUAGAAGAAAAAUUAAAAAAUAAAAGUCAAGAUGAAGCCAAUAAAGAAUAUGCAAUAAUGCAAGAAGAAUUUCUUGAUACAAUCAAUGAUAAAUUAAGACAAAGUAUCAAAGAAACUAAACCAACAGAAAUUAAUCUAAUACCAAAACAUUUAAUGAAUUAUGCUGAAGAAAAACUAGAUAAAUGGAUUGAUAAUGCUAUACGUGCCAAAUAUGAAUUUCAUUUAGAUCAACAAUAUAUAAUUAGAGAACAACAGAAGAAGAAUGAGAAAGAAUUAAACAAUAACAUUAAAUCAAAGGCUAAUAAUAAUGUUAGUGAUGAAAAUGAAAAAGAACUUGUGAUUAUCCCGGUUGAUUUUCAAAACACUGGCAUUACUUUAAAAAAUACCAUAUGGUCAAAUGGUCUACACCAAUUCCUACAACUCAAACAUAAUCUUCAUCUAACUUCAGAAACAUUGACUAGUUGUUUUAUAUCAAACUUGGGCUACAUUAAACAAUAUGCAACAAAUAAUAUGUUUGGCAUUACGGGUACGCUUGGCUCCAAAGCUGAACAAAGUUUACUUGCUGAAGUCUACAAUCUUGACUUUGCAAUUGUGCCAACUUACAUAACAAAACGAUUUAUUGAGAAUAGUGGUCUUGUAGUCAAGGAUGAGGGUUUCGGUUUAGUCGUGGCUGCUGAGUGUCUAAAACGCGUACAGAGUGGGCGAGCAGUUCUCAUAAUUUGUGAAACAAUUCAAGGAUUAAAAGAAAUCUAUUCAAAAUUAGAAGAAUUCAAAUCUAAAUCGAAUAUGAAAUCUGAAAAUUUAAACAUUAAAAUUUAUGAUAAUGAAGAUAAGAGUGAAACAGUGACGCACGUACCAGUCAAACCAGGUGAUAUAAUCAUCGCUACCAAUCUAGCCGGUCGUGGUACUGAUUUGAGAACAACUGAUGAACUCGAAGCUAAGGGUGGCCUACAUGUUUGCGUUAGUUUCUUACCAUGCAAUAAACGUGUUGAAGACCAAGCAUUUGGUAGAACAUCACGUCAAGGUAAACGGGGUACGGCGCAACUAAUUAUCAAAGAGAGCGAAAUUCAAGAGCUUGGAUAUAGGUUAGAUGAUUUGAAAUCGAAGGAUUUUAGUAUGAGUAACAUAAAGCAAACACGUGACGUAAAGGAAACAAAUCGAUUAAAAGAUAUUCGAGAGAAUAAAGUGAGAGGUUUAGAAUUUCAAGAUGAACUAUUCAAUCGUUUCUCUCAAAUGUAUAUGCAACUAAAAACAAAAUGUAAAUCAAAAACAGAGUUUGGCGAAAUCUACUACGUGUUAGACGACCUAAAAGAAUAUUGGACAUUUCGGUUGGAAUCUUUAUUAGGAAAAGAAGAGAAAUUUACUAAGGCAGAUGCUGAAGUUCAAUUUAAAAUGUUUAUUCAAAAAGCUGCUGAAAAGGGUAUUAUAAAGGUUUCAAUUGCCAAUAAUGAUCAACAAACAACAUCAUUAUCCUCAAUUUCAGUUGGUACCAUUCAACAUAAUCCGUAUUACUCAAUUCAACAAGCUGAACUUUUAUUGACUAAUAGAAGACCAAAAGAGGCCAAAGAAUGUAUUGACCAUGCUCUUGACUUGGCAGCAGAAACUAAAGACUACUUCUAUUCGGCAUAUGCGAUGCUAUUCGAAGUUGCACUUGAACAAGGUCGAUCGAUGAUGGAAAGAUUUUAUCAAGCCCUCGGUAAGCUCAUAUUCAUAGACUAUGAGAAAGACGAUGAAUACAAGAGUAAAGCCAUUGCAAAUUUGGAUAAAGCAUUGAAGGCACUUGACAAAGAGUUAAAUUACAUUAAAGAGAAUCUAAUUGGUGAUGAAGAAAAAACUGGCGAAGUUAAAUUAAAUGAAAACUUAACACGUAUAAUUGUUCUAACUCGACAGCCAGAUAAUAAUAAUGAGCAUAAACCAUCGUCGAGUGAGAAUCUACUAGUUAAACAUAUCAUAUCAAGAAGACAAACACUGAUACUUUACGUCAACCAUUUCAAAAGCCUUAAAGAACAAAUGGAAAGUAGUAAUGAUGGUUUUGCCAUAAAUACACGCAUACCUGGCUAUUUUAAGAGUGUCAAUGAAAUAAAGCCAACUAUAAUGGAUGUAGAACUAAAUGAGCUUGGUUUAGUUGGCUUAAGUACUACGUUUGCUUUGAGACCAGUUUACGAUGUGCCAGAUCAAAUAAUUAGAAGUGCUCAAUUACAAAUCAGUAUGGGUUUGGCUAGCUUGGCAGCCGGAUUUGCUAUUCCGCCUGCUUUGCCAAUUAUGCAGCAAAUAGCCGGCACAUUGAUUGCGGAGGGCAUAUGCGAUUUUACAUUGGCAAUACUGAACGGUGGUGCUGUUGGUUUCGAUCAACAUGCCUACAUAAAAGGAAAAGUAAUUAGUUAUGCAAUUAGUGCGGCAACACUUGGCUUAAGUGCACUUGCUUCGUCAGCCAAAAUACUCGAUUAUGCGAUAAAUGCGUAUGGUUAUGUUCUACACGAAGUAGGUGCAGAACAUAAACCAUAUGAUGGCACAAGCACCAUCAAUCUCUUGUACAGAUCGAAAAUGGCUUCGAAUGGAUCGACAGGUCAUUUUGGAGAUGAGAAUAGCAUGAGUAGUCCAAAUAAUUGUCUAUUUGAUGAGAUGAGUAGACAGAUGGGCGUGGAUAGUGCUGCAUUGAGAUUUGAUGCCGAACAAAUGCGUACUGUACCAUAUGCAAUGACUGAAGCUAUGGAAAUAUUGCUUCAAUUUGGCAUUCAUAAUCGUGAAUUUACAGAGUUAAUUGAUCGAAUAAAUGAUUCAAUGUUAGUUGGUGGUCAGCAUGAUCAACAAGAUUAUUCAAUGUUCUUUCAAAAAUUUGAUGAAUACAUGGCCGAAUUUGGUCUAAAUAGUAAUUGGGAAUAUUAUAAAAUUAUAAUAGACAAAACGAAAAUAUUUGGUGCAGUCGAUGAAGUUCAUGUAAUGAAAAGAAAUGGUGUUGACUUGGUUACUACAGUCUAUGGUGCAAUAGACAAGUCAACGCUUAGAUCUGGCAAUCGACAAGAUUUUCAAAAGAAUUUAAAAGAUUUCUACAAACAUUUAACAAAUGCCGGAAUAAUGGAUGAUGCUGGUCAUUUGAUAGCUUCGUACAACGGAGGAACUGGACAUGCAUUUAAUCUGGCUUUCCAAUUUAGACAUCUCAAUCAAGGCUGGACUAUAGCUGAUUCAGAAGGCAAAUAUGGACCAAAUCUACCAAAUUGGCGUUGUUUAGAAAGAAUAGCUCAUGAAUUUGUUGAUUCAGGUGAAUGUACACAGGUUAAAAUUAAAGUAGAUGUGUGCUACAAUGCCGAUUCGAAUAGGCCCGUUAAUUUUAUACAAACACUUGAAUGUUAUCGUGCUGAUGGUGCAGCGUUCAAUUUACCGCCCGUCUUAUACAAUAAUAAUCCGGUUGAGCUUGGCUUACACACAGAUUCAAGAGAUCUAAUCGAACAUGGUGUACAAGGUUGGUAUAUGUUUACAACGAUGGCUGAGAAUAGCAAUCAGCUUCCAAUCAAUAACGAUAGUAUUCUGCUUCAAAAUAAAAUUCUUAAAAAUCAUAGACCCUAGAAAUUAUUUUUUUUUCAUAUCUGUAGAAGUUAAAAUUAAAAGUUGGAUUCAACUAUUCAUCUAUUCAAUCAUUUCCUUAUUCUUCAACUAUUCCAUUAUUCAACUGAAUUUCAAGAAUGCCUACUAUAAAACCAGCUAUGAGGUUGCUCCUAUCUGCCGCUCUGUCUUAAAAUAGUCGAGAUGAAAGAACUGGCUAAGAAUGGUCCAGAACGUAUCGUAUACUUCAGAUCGAACGGUACUACAUCUUUUCCCUUAACAUGAGCAGGAGAGGAGAUUCUGGACGGAAAAGCAGUAAACAUGGUGAGCAUGAAUGUGGAAUAGAAUUAAUAUUUGAAUAAUUGAAUAAUUACAUAGUUGAACAGUUGAAUAAAUAUCAGAUGCCCUUUUUGGAUUACAGAUAUAAGCAUUAUUAUAUAUACAAGAUGUUUUUCUCGUAUUUCUUAACGAUAACUAUCUCUUUCCUAAAUUCUGUUAUAUAUUUCUUCUAAUGCAUACUCUUAUUUGUUUUUCUUUAUUGUCUUUCUUAUUUUGAUAUUAUCACUCAUGUAUUUUUCCGAAGGUUUUAUGUUAUUGAAUCGUAUAUUUCACCUGUUUUAUAAUCGCUGAUAGGGUGUGGGUGUGCGUGUGUAGGUGUAGGUGUGGCUGCGGGUGUGGGUGUGUGUGGUGUGGGUGUGGGUGUGGGUGUGAGUGUGGGUGUGGGUGGGUGUGGGUGUGGGUGUGUGUGUGAGUGUGGGUGUGGGUGUGGGUGUGGGUGUGGGUGUGGGUGUGGGUGUGGGUGUGGACUACAAGAAGAACACCCACACCCACAUCCACACACCCACCCCCCCCCCCCCCCCCCCCCCCCCCCCCCCCCCCACCCCCCCCCCCCCCCCCCCCCCCCCCCCCCCCCCCCCCCCACC